UUUGGCGCAGCAGCGAGAGGGGAGAAAGAAGAGCGAGAGGGAGAAAGAAGAGCGAGAGGGAGAAAGAAGAGCGAGAGGGAGAAAGAAGAGCGGAAGGGAGAAAGAGAGCGAGAGGGAGCGGACGUCCAACUCAGACUCCACCCUAAAUCCUUGGCAGUGAGCGGAAGAGACCAGCCACCAUAAAAAUGAGUGGCUCCCACCCCCGCCAGCACCAGUCGGUCCAACCGCCGCUCAACGCCCCGGACAUGCCUGCUACAGAGAAGGACCUCGCAGAGGGCGCAACAUGGAAGAAGAUCCAACAGAACACCUUCACCCGCUGGUGUAACGAGCAUCUGAAAUGCGUCAACAAGCAGAUCACCAAUCUCCAGAUGGACCUGGGCGACGGGCUGCGGCUGAUCGGACUCCUGGAGGUGUUGAGCCAGAAGAAAAUGUUCAGGAAAUACAACCAGAAACCCACCUUCCGACAGAUGCAGCUCGAGAACGUUUCGGUGGCGCUCGAGUUCCUAGACAAGGAGAACAUCAAGCUGGUGUCCAUAGACUCCAAGGCCAUAGUGGAUGGUAACCUGAAGCUGAUCCUUGGCAUGGUGUGGACUUUGAUCCUCCACUACUCCAUCUCCAUGCCCAUGUGGGACGAGGAGGAGGAGGGGGGUGACGGCCAGCACAAGACCCCGAAACAGAGGCUUCUGGGAUGGAUCCAGAACAAGCUCCCAGAGAUCUCCAUCCACAACUUCAGCAGAGACUGGCAGAGUGGCAGAGCACUGGGUGCACUGGUCAACAGCUGUGCUCCGGGCCUGUGUGCAGACUGGAACCAGUGGGACCAAACUAAACCAGUGGACAACGCCCGGGAGGCCAUGAAACAGGCUGAUAACUGGCUGGGCAUCCCUCAGGUGAUAACCCCAGAGGAAAUCGUUGACCCCAAUGUAGAUGAACAUUCCGUGAUGACAUACCUGUCCCAGUUCCCCAAGUCCAAACUGAAGCCUGGCACACCCCUGUGCCCAGGACUCAACCCCAAGAAUGCCUGCGCAUACGGACCAGGUAUAGAGCCAGUAGGUAACGUUGUGAUGAAGAAGGCGGUGUUUACAGUGGAGACCAUCAGUGCUGGGAUGGGAGAGGUCCUAGUGCAUGUAGAGGACCCUGCCGGACACAAAGAGGAGGCCAAAGUGACAGCCAACAAUGAUACGAACCAAACCUACUCUGUCUUCUACAUACCCAAGGUCACUGGGAUGCACAAGGUGACGGUGCUGUUUUCGGGGCUACACAUCAAUACGUCUCCUUAUGAGGUGGAUGUGGGGAUGGCUCAGGGAGACAGCAGUAAAGCUACAGCCCAGGGACCUGGACUAGAACCUGCCGGGAACAUCGCCAAUAAGACCACAUACUUUGACGUCUACACCGCAGGUGCUGGUGUGGGAGAGGUGGAGGUGGUGAUCAUGGACCCAGCGGGUAAGAAGGACGUGGUGGUGUGUCAGAUAGAGGAUAAGGGCAACAGUAUGUACCGCUGCACCUACAAACCCACCCUGGAGGGGGCCCACACCAUCUACGUUACCUUUGCUGGAGGACAAAUCAGCAAGAGCCCCUUCACUGUCAACAUAGGAGAGGCUUGUAACCCCAGCCUGGUUCGGGCCAAGGGGCGUGGUCUCCAGCCUAAAGGCCUCAGGGUGAAAGAGACAGCUGACUUCAGAGUCUUCACUAAAGGAGCUGGGACAGGAGAACUCAAAGUCACCAUCAAGGGCCCCAAGGGCCUGGAGGAGCCAUGUAAGAGGAAGGAUGUUGGAGAUGGAGUGUUUGGGUUUGAGUACUACCCCACCACCCCCGGUACAUACAGUAUAACGAUAACCUGGGGAGGACAACACAUCCUCAGCAGCCCGUUGGAGGUGAAGAUUGGUUUGGAGGCAGGGCCACAGAAUGUGCGUGCCUGGGGGCCUGGCCUGGAGACCGGCAUUAUGGGUAAAUCUGCCGACUUCGUGGUCGAGGCCGUCGGAGACAAUGUGGGAACACUGGGUUUCUCGGUGGAGGGUCCGUCCCAGGCGAAGGUCGAGUGUGAUGAUAAGGGUGACGGGUCAUCUGACGUGCGGUACUGGCCAAUGGAAGCAGGAGAGUAUGCGGUGCAUGUGCUCUGUAACAACGAGGACAUCCAGCACUCUCCCUUCAUGGCUGAAAUCUCUGCUGCUCCGAACAAGGACUACUACCCUGAUAAGGUGAAUGUGUAUGGUCCAGGUCUACAGAGUAGUGGUCUUGCUGUGGGGAAACGGACUGAGUUCACCGUCGACGCCAAACUAGGAGGCAAAGCCCCUCUCAAGAUCCUGGCACAGGAUGGUGAGGGAACCCCAGUAGAUGUCCAGGUGAAGGAUAACGGUAAUGGAACGUACACCUGCAGUUACACCCCCAAGAAACCCCUCAAACACACCCUCAUGGCGUCCUGGGGCGGGGUCAACAUACCGGACAGUCCCUUCAGGAUGCCUAUCGGGGCAGGCUGCCACCCUAACAAGGUGAAGGUGUCAGGUCCUGGUGUGGCUAAAACAGGGCUGAAGGCUUUUGAACCUACAUCCUUCACUGUGGACUGUGCUGAGGCAGGUAAAGGUGACAUCAGUAUCGGUAUAAAGUGCUCUCCAGGCGUGGUGGGACCAGUGGAGGCAGACAUCGACUUCGACAUCAUCAGGAACGACAACGACACGUUUACCGUUAAAUACACCCCGCCAGGCGCUGGUAGUUACACUAUCAUGGUGCUGUUUGCUGACCAGACUAUCCCCAUGACUCCCAUCAGUAUCAAAGUUGACCCGUCACAUGAUGCCAGCAAGGUCAAGGCCGAGGGACCAGGACUCAACCAUAGUGGUGUGGAGUUGACCAAGCCGACCCACUUCACAGUAAACACCAAGGCUGCAGGUAAAGCCAAGCUGGACGCUGUGUUCUCCGGCCCGGCUAAAGGAGAGACGGUCAAGGACUUUGAGAUCAUCAACAACCCCGAUAACACCCACACGGUCAAGUACACCCCUGUCCAGCAGGGUGUUCUGGGAGUGGCCCUCACCUACGGAGGAGAUUCUAUUCCCAAGAGUCCCUUCUCCAUCCCCGUGGCACCAAGCCAUGACCUCAGCAAGAUACAAGUGGCUGGACUGGGUGAUAAGAUGACGGUGGGUAAGGACCAGGAAGUGACUGUGAAGUCUAAAGGAGCAGGAGUUCAGGGGAAAGUCUGGGCCAAUGUUACAGGGCCUUCUGGGAAACCUGUCGCCAGCAAGGUGGAGGCAGGUCUUAAACCAGAGACCAGUCAAGUGAAGUUUAUCCCUUGGGAGGCGGGGCCAUACCAGGUGGAGCUGACCUUUGACGGAGCCCCGAUCCCAGGAUCCCCCUUCAACCCCACCGCCUAUCCCCCCACCGACGCCACCAAGGUGAAGUGUUCCGGCCCAGGUUUGGAGCAUGCCAAAGUGGGAGAGACUGGGGAGUUUGUGGUGGACUGUACCAACGCGGGUCCAGCUGAGCUGACCAUAGAGAUCAUCAGUGACAGCGGGACAGAGACAGAGGUCCACAUCCAGGAUAACGGAGACGGAACCUACACCAUCACCUACAUCCCCCGGUACCCCGGCUCAUACACCCUCACCAUCCGCUACGGGGGGCAGGAUGUACCCAACUUCCCUGCCUCCCUGACUGUGGAGCCGGCGGUCAACACCAGCGGAGUCCGCGUGUUUGGACCGGGAGUAGAGGGCAAAGGUGUGUUCCGCGAGGCAACCACAGACUUCACGGUAGACGCGCGGCCCCUGACCCAGAUGGGAGGGAAGCACAUCAAGACAGUCAUCCAGAACCCAUCUGGAGCCGUUACUGAAGCUGUCAUCACCGACCACUGUGACGGAACGUACAGCGUAGAGUACACACCCUACCAAGAGGGUCCCCACAUUGUAGAUGUGGCGUACGAUGAGACACCAGUACCCAACAGUCCGUUCCAUGUUGGCGUGACGGAGGGGUGUGACCCGGAGCGUGUACGUGUGCAUGGACCCGGCCUGGACAGAGGCAUCACCAACAAAGCCAAUACAUUUACAGUGGAGACCUGGUACGACACACAUUUGAGUCAUUUAGCAGAUGCUGUGACGUGCAGUGUGUGUACCUCAGAAGGGGUGGAGUUAGAUGUAGACGUGGUGGAGAAUGAGGAUGGAACCUUUGAUAUCUUCUACACUGCCCCGCAGCCUGGAGAUUACUGUAUCUGCGUUCGCUUUGGAGGGGAACUCAUCCCCAACAGCCCCUUCCUGGUCACGGCAUUGGAAGGAGCCCCCUCAGAUCAGCUCCUCCAACAAGAACAACUACCACAAUACUACAGUCAACAACCCUCGGCAACAGACCAGCCAAUGCGAACGAACGGUUUGGACGUUGUGGGACUCCGGCCGUUUGAUCUGAUCAUCCCCUUCACCAUCCAGAAUGGAGAGAUCACAGGCGACGUGCGCAUGCCGUCAGGUAAGACAGCCAAGCCAGACAUCACAGACAAUAAGGACGGGUCAGUAAUGGUUAAAUACGCUCCGACUGAGGCCGGCCUCCACGAGAUGGACAUCAAAUACGACGGGAUACACAUCCCUGGUAGUCCACUCCAGUUCUAUGUGGACUAUGUGAACAGUGGGAACGUCAGUGCGUACGGGCCGGGCCUGAUCCACGGGACCGUCAACAAACCUGCCAUGUUCACCGUCAACACCAAGGAUGCAGGAGAGGGUGGUCUGUCGCUGGCCAUGGACGGUCCAUCUAAAGCCGACAUCAGCUGUGUGGAUAAUCAGGAUGGAACAUGCUCUGUGUCCUACCUGCCUGUCCUACCUGGGGACUACAGCAUCCUGGUCAAAUACAAUGACAAACACAUCCCAGGCAGCCCCUUCUCAGCCUGCAUCACAGGUGAUGACUCUAUGAGGAUGUCCCAUCUGAAGGUGGGCUCUGCUGCUGACAUCCCAUUGGACAUUGGAGAGCUGGACCUGAGUCAGCUGACUGCUUCUCUGACCACGCCCUCAGGCCAGGAGGAACCCUGCCAUCUCAAGAUGCUCCGCAAUGGACACGUCGGCAUCUCAUUUGUUCCCAUGGAGAUUGGACAGCACCUGGUGAACAUCAAGAAUAACAGACACCAUAUUCCCAGCAGCCCCAUCACUGUGAUGAUCAGCCAAUCAGGGAUCGGCGACGCCAGCCGGGUGCGUGUGACUGGCCAGGGCCUCAGCGAGGCCAAAACCUUCGAACCCGCUGAGUUCAUCAUCGACACGCGCGAAGCAGGCUAUGGGGGUCUGAGUCUGUCCAUCGAGGGCCCCAGUAAGGUGGACAUUAACACUGAGGACCAGGAGGAUGGCACCUGUAAGUUCACCUACUGCCCUACUGAACCAGGAAACUACAUCAUCAACAUCAAGUUCGCUGACCAGCACGUACCAGGGAGUAUGUUCACGGUGAAGGUGACAGGAGAAGGGAGGAUGAAGGAGAGCAUCACCAGGAAGAAGAGGGCAGCGUCUGUUGCAAACAUUGGCAGCCAGUGUGACCUCAGCCUCAAGAUCCCAGAGAUCAGCAUAGCAGACAUGAUGGCCCAGGUGACCAGUCCAUCUGGUCAGGUCCAGGAGGCUGACAUCAUGGAGGGAGAGAACAACACCUACUGCAUCCGCUUUGUUCCCACGGAGACCGGCGUACACACAGUAUGUGUGAAGUAUGCGGGCGUGCAUGUGCCCGGCAGCCCCUUCCAGUUCACAGUGGGGCCCCUGGGAGAAGGAGGAGCCCACAAGGUCCGCGCUGGGGGGCCCGGGCUGGAGAGGGCAGAGGCUGGAGUACCAGCUGAGUUCAGUAUCUGGACGCGGGAGGCAGGUGCAGGGGGUCUCAGCAUCAUGGUGGAGGGGCCCAGUAAAGCAGAGAUCACCUUCGAGGACCGCAAAGACGGAUCCAGUGGAGUAUCCUACAUGGUCCAGGAGUCAGGAAACUAUGAGGUGUCUGUCCGUUUCAACGAAGAGCACAUCCCUGACAGUCCCUUCGUGGUUCCCGUGGCGUCACCCUCUGAUGACGCCAGACGACUCACUGUUGCCGGUCUUCAGGAGUUCGGGUUGAAGGUCAAUCACCCAGCAUCCUUUGCUGUGAGCCUGAACGGAGCGAAGGGACAGAUUGACGCUAAAGUCCACAGCCCCUCCGGAGCCCUGGAGGGCUGCUGUGUUACUGAGCUAGACCAAGAUAAAUAUGCUGUGAUGUUCAUUCCCAGAGAGAACGGUCUGUAUCUGAUCGAUGUGAAGUUCAACGACAGCCACAUCCCUGACAGUCCUUUCCAAAUCAGAGUUGGGGAGACGGGACAGGCUGGAGACCCAGGCAGGGUGACCGCAUACGGAGCUGGGUUAGAGGGAGGAACCACUGGUACAGCCUGUGAGUUCGUGGUUAACACCAGUACAGCAGGACCCGGGGCCCUGGCUGUGACCAUCGACGGCCCCUCCAAGGGGAAGGUGGACUGUGUUGAGUGUCCGGAGGGUUACAAGGUGACCUACACCCCCAUGGCUCCAGGAAACUACUUCAUCUCCAUCAGAUACGGAGGACCUUAUCACAUCGUAGGAUCCCCCUUCAAGGCCAAGAUCACUGGCUCCAAGCGGGUCAGUAGCCAUAGCAACCAUGAGACGUCCAGCGUCAUGGUCGAUGCCAUGACUCGCCAUGUCAGCUACUCCCACCAGGGAGCUCCCAGCCAAUCGGACGCCAGCGGUGUGACAGCCAAGGGGCUCGGCCUAUCAAAGGGCUUUAUCGACCAGAAGAACAACUUCAGCGUCGACUGCAGCAAAGCAGGUCGUAACAUGCUGUUGGUGGGUGUGGACGGGCCCAGGGUUCCCUGUGAGGAAGUUCUAGUGAAGCAUCUUGGGAACCGUGUCUAUAACGUCAGCUACCAGCUCAAGGAGAAGGGAGAGUACAUCCUGGUAGUGAAGUGGGGAGAACAACACAUCCCUGGGAGCCCCUACCACAUCACUGUUUAGACCAAUCAGAUUAUACCACAUCACUGUUUAGACCAAUCAGAUUCUACCACAUCACUGUUUAGACCAAUCAGAUUCUACCACAUCACUGUUUAGACCAAUCAGAUUCUACCACAUCACUGUUUAGACCAAUCAGAUUCUACCACAUCACUGUUUAGACCAAUCAGAUUCUACCACAUCACUGUCUUCACCAGGGUUCCCCAAAUGUCGGCACGGUAAUUUUAUUUCAAAGUUUUCUGAACAAUAUAUAAAUAAAUGUUAAAUGUUUUAUUGUUGAACAUAAAAGACUAAAAACACAAUUUAAAAAAAAUAAACACUCACGGGUCAUUUUUGGCAUGCGUGUUGUCAACUCCUGGUCUAGACCAAUCAGAUUGCUGAAUUCAGAAUCCUCAAAACUAGCACUUUGUCUAGACCAAUCAGAGGGUCCCAAGUCACUGUCUAACCAAUCAGCGAUUACAACCUUCCAAACUCAUACAACAUAACCCAAACCAACCAAUAAUGCAUAAACACUGAAUAUCCCUCUCUUCAUCCUUCUGUCCUCCAUCCCCAUCAUUCCUCUAUCCUCCCUCCCCAUCAUCCUUCUAUCCUUCCUCCCCAUUGUUCCUCUAUCCUCCCUCCCCAUCAUCCCUCUAUCCUUCCUC